AUGGCUGUGCACUGCAAUUUGCACGACUUUGCGUGUGGGGCUGCCAUUGCCUCCCCUCCUGCUCUCCGAAUCGUCCCUCAUCACCAGAGUACUCACCUGGCAUCAAUCGAGCUGACUUUUGAGUCGACUCAAAAGUCCUCUCCUGCUCUCCGAAUCAGCGAGCUGGGCGUGGCGCCUAUCAUCCGCGCCGUGGUUGGCGGGGGCACGGAGGGCUUUAAGUGGCAUGGCGAGCUGGACUUGACCUCCAUUCGCCCCAUGGUGGACGACGGGGGAACGGAAGGCUUCAAGGGGCAUGCGCGGGUGCUCAUCCUCUUUUCCUCCACCCCUCCUGCCCCACCCCCGUCUCCACCCCCACCACCAGAGUACUCCCCUGAGGGCGAGCUGGACUUUGAAUCUAUCCGCCCCUGUUUGAGGCGCCUCAAAGAGUAUUCCCCGUCAAGGCGAGCUGGACUUGACCUCCAUCCGCCCCAUGGUGGACGGCGGAACGGAGGGCUUCAAGGGGCAUGCCUGAGUGCUCUUUCUUCCUACGCAGUGUCCCCUCCUCCGUCGACUCCUCUUUAUCUUCAUCCCUCACCACCGCCAGAGUGUUCCCCUGAGGGCGAGCUGGACGGCGGCACGGAGGGCUUUAAGGGGCAUGCGAGAGGCGAGCUGGGCUUAACCU